AUGCUGGUCGCCCGCACGGCGGCGCGCGCGGCGCGUUCGGUCUGCCAGGCCCCGCGGGCCCCCGCCCUCGGGCUCGUGGCCCGCGCGCCGCAGCCGGCCUUCAGGCUGGGCGGCCUGGCGCCGCGGUCGUACGUGACGGUGGCCAAGUACACCAGGGACGACGUCUUGGCGAAGCUGGACGGCUUCCACUCCGAGGUCUUCAGCGCGAACUGGGCGGACUACCUCUACUUGGUCUACAACGUGCCGUUCUGGGAGGCUGAGAUGGAGAAGCUGACGAGCUGCGUGCAGCCCUACCUCCACGAGGCGACAGUCGGGGAGAAGUUCAAGGAGGUCCAGGAGAUGAUGGACGUCCUGUACGCCUGCGAGGAUGUGCGCGACCACAUCAACGAGCUGUGUGAGAUGGGCACCCGGGCUUCUGGCUUCAUGGGCACAGGCUGGCAGGCCGAGGAGAAGGUCGAGAACUUGGACGAGAACGCAAAGAAGUGCGCGGAGGCGUACGAGAAGAUGCUGGAGAAGCACCCCACCUUCAAGCCGAAGAUUGAGCAGACCAUCGGCCACGGCCUCGCAAUCCUCCGCUCCAAGCACAAGUUCAAGUGGGGCAGCAUGCACCGCUACUUCUUCUGA